CAGAGCGACUUACAGUCAAUGCAUUCAAUUAAGGUAGAUAAACAACAACAUAUCACAGUCAUAGCAAGAAACAAAUAUUUAUGUAACCAUUACUGAGAAUGUUAUUGUAGUAGAAGUGGUCUGUUGUUAUUUUUUUUGAUCUUCUCUGACGAGUGGACUAUUUUGAACGUCUUCGACGCAAGUUUCAAAGCUUUUGAAAAAGCAACAUAUGCCUAUGUGGAGGUGAUAUUCUCAUCAUGAGGACUCUCUAUCGUGACGUCACCCACUGUAUCUGACUGUAAGCAGCGCUCCAGCGAAGCGCGUGGCUGCAAGCACAUGGAAAGGAGGUCGAGAUUUGUGUUUGAAAGACACGCACCUAUUCACCGAAAUGGAAUAUAAAUAAUAAUGCGCAAAAUAGAGUCAUGGAACGGGAUGGCUGUUGACGACCCUCCCCUUUCUGCUAUAUUCAGCUGUCAAUCAACCAGGAUCAGCAGAUCUCUAAUCAAGAUCAAGACAUGGAUGGAAAGACUGAAAAGGUCCACUUUCCCUAUGUGGUGGGGAAGUUGUUCUCUGCUUAGCUGACAGAGAUCAGAGAUACAGGAGUCCACUCUGUUCCAAGUACCUUGUGUGUCCUCUAUGUACAGCACUCUGGGGACUUCCUGCAGUAGUUCUCAGGAGACGGGUCAGUGUGUGUGUAGAGAACAUUUGUCUGACAAGGUGGAGUCAGCUUUCUGCUUCAUCGCCCUGGACCACUACACCUACGAGGCAGAGGACGCCAGGUUUGGACCUUUACCGGACCAGUGGGAGGAGCUGUUGAUAACAGUGAUGCAUCCCAGUGUGAUCUCAACAAACAGCCGCUGUGGCAACACCAUGCCUGAUGACGACAACCAGAUUAUAUUCCUUCACCCUGGAUCACGAUAUUUGGUGCUCCCCAGACCAGCGUUUCGAGGCAGGGAUGGACUACAUUGUUCGUCUGAGCUUGCCCCUCUACUCUGCACUCAGUGAUGUCCAGUCCCCAUACACACUCAUCGACUCGGUUAGUUCCUACACACACUGUUAAAAACCUAGACACAACUGAGACUUUUGCGUAAAUCAUGCAUUGAUGUCACUUGCAUAAACAUUUGAACUACAAGGAUUUUACCCCUUUACACUCCUGGGAAUUGGCCUAUAUGGAUAGGGCUAAAUUGAAAUGUUUCUUA